UGCCUUAAUUGUAAAUUACCCCCAAUUAUCUGGCUGUUUAACUUGAUGCCUUCGACUUCAAUGACCCAAGAGCCGUCGAAAGCUGAUGGAGGAAGUCGCCGACACGAAGGCCCGGAAGGGUGCUGCUCGCCUCUGUAGCCUCUGUGAUCAGAGAAGGGCUGCUCUUAAAAGACCCAAAACUCUAGAGCAGAUUUGCAGGGAGUGUUUUUAUAUGGUGUUUGAGGAAGAGAUACACCGAGUGAUUGUGGAAAACCAGCUAUUCAAGCCUGGUGAGCGUGUUGCUAUUGGUGCCUCUGGUGGUAAAGAUUCUACAGUUCUCGCUUAUGUGUUAUCAGAAUUAAAUCGCCGGCAUAAUUAUGACCUCGAUCUGUUCUUAUUGUCUGUUGACGAAGGCAUUACUGGUUACAGGGAUGACUCGCUUGAAACUGUCAAAAGAAAUGAAAUUCAGUAUGGCUUGCCCUUGAAGAUUGUUUCCUACAAGGAUUUGUAUGGAUGGACAAUGGAUGAGAUUGUGAAGAUGAUAGGUUUAAAGAAUAAUUGCACAUUUUGUGGUGUUUUUCGUCGUCAGGCCCUUGAUCGAGGUGCUGCAUUGUUGAAAGUAGACAAGGUUGCUACUGGGCAUAACGCAGAUGAUAUUGCCGAAACAGUUCUUUUGAAUAUAUUGCGAGGAGAUAUUGCUAGAUUGAGUAGAUGCACUUCAAUAACAACUGGUGAAGAUGGUCCAAUUCCAAGAUGCAAGCCUUUCAAGUACACCUAUGAGAAGGAGAUUGUUAUGUAUGCUUAUUUCAAAAGGCUGGAUUACUUCUCCACAGAAUGUAUAUAUUCUCCAAAUGCAUACCGUGGUUUUGCUCGUGAGUUCAUCAAAGAUUUGGAGAGAAUCAGGCCUAGGGCCAUACUUGACAUCAUUAAAUCAGGGGAGAAUUUCAGAAUAUCCACUAAUACAAAAAUGCCAGAGCAGGGGACUUGUGAACGUUGUGGUUACAUUUCAAGCCAGAAAUGGUGUAAAGCUUGUGUUCUACUUGAGGGACUGAACCGGGGUUUGCCAAAGUUGGGUAUUGGGCGAAGCCGAGGCCUUGAUAAUGAUGGCAGAAAGGAUAUGAAACACAGUAACGGAACAAAAAAUAUUGAGAGCAAACAAUGUGGAACUUUGGAUUUCUGACAUGAAUUGCAUAUCCUUUCAACAUUGAGAAACUUGCAAUUGUUUCAUGAAAGCCAAUACAAAGCUAGCAUGCUUUGUUAUGCAGCCUUAUUGUCACUGGUAUAUGAUUAUUUGAAUUGAUUUGAAAUUUGCGAUUUUACUUGGAAAAGAGUUCAUUAAUGAGAUAGGUGAGGUGGGCUGCAAACGAAGAGCCACUAGCGAGAAGUUUCUCUCUUUCUUUUUGGUUAUUUACAUAUGCAGAAUAAUAGAGAUUUUACAAGUAUAAGAAUUUUGGAAAAGAAUGUAAAGAAAUCUUUGCAGCAGUUUUAAUGGGGACUACGUUGGAACGCAUUGACCAUUUGCAUCAACUAGUUUGCUCUGAUUAUUUCAAUCCGAGGCAUAAUCCUCGGAAGACUACCAUUGUAGUGAUUUUUGGUAUUAAAAUUUAAAAUACCAUUGGUUUCUUUUAA